UUAAAAAAAAAAAUCUAUACCCUCCAAGUGCCCUUUGAAGUUAAAACCCAAAGGCCAAAACCCCAAACAGAAGAUGCAAAACAUCAAAGAAGAAAAUGGGUAAGAAGAGAACCCAGCAACCAUCAGCCUCAACCGACGAUCUUCUCAAAACCCUCGGAGACUUCACGAGCAAAGAAAACUGGGACAGCUUCUUUACUGUCCGAGGCAGCGAUGACUCGUUCGAGUGGUACGCUGAGUGGCCUCAGCUCCGUGACUCACUCUUCCCUCUUCUUCAACAACAGCAGCAGCAGCCUUCACCCUCUUCUUCUUCUUUGCAAAUACUGGUGCCUGGUUGCGGCAAUUCUCGCCUCUCAGAGCACUUAUACGAUGCCGGAUUCGAAGAUGUAACCAAUGUUGAUUUCUCAAAGGUUGUCAUCUCCGACAUGCUUCGACGUAAUGUUAGGGACCGGCCCAACAUGCGUUGGCGGGUUAUGGACAUGACCCAAAUGCAGUUCACCGAUGAUACAUUUGAUGUUGUUCUCGACAAAGGUGGACUGGAUGCUUUGAUGGAGCCAGAGCUUGGCCCUAAGCUGGGGAAUCAAUAUCUAUCCGAGGUGAAAAGAGUUUUGAAAUCCAGGGGUAAAUUCAUUUGUCUUACCUUGGCAGAAUCUCAUGUUCUAGGUUUGCUUUUUCCUAAGUUCAGGUUUGGCUGGAAACUGAGCCUUUAUGCUAUACCUCAGAAACCAUCUAGUAAUCCUGAACUCCAAACCUUUAUGUUGGUUGCUGAGAAAGAGAAUUCCAAUGAACUGCACCAGAUCAUGUCAUCUUUCAGUCGUUCUUCCCUUGAUUGUCAUCAACAUCAGGCUUCUGGUCUUUGUGAAGCCCUUGAAAAUGAGAAUCGAAUUCGUGGAGAAUACUUGAGUGGCUCUGAUAUACUGUAUUCUCUUGAAGAUCUGCAACUCGGAGCUAAGGGGGAUCUGACUAAACUUAGCCCUGGUCGUCGAGUUCAGCUUACUUUGGGUGAACAAGGGGGCUCCCGUUUUUGUUACAAUGCUGUAUUGCUUGAUGCUAAACAACCGUGUGGUCCAUUCUCUUUUCACUGUGGUGUCUUUAUUGUUCCUAAGACUCGGGCUCAUGAAUGGCUCUUCUCUUCUGAAGAAGGACAAUGGCAGGUGGUUGAGAGCUCAAAGGCUGCUCGUCUAAUAAUGGUUUUAUUAGAGACUAUCCAUGCUAAUGCUGAUAUGGAUCAUAUUCAGAAGGAUUUGUCUCCUCUGGUGAAGCCAUUGGCGCCUGCAGAUAAUGAUAAGGAAGAUCAAAUUCCCCAAACAAUCAUCUGUUCUUUCUGUGAGGGAUUCUUGUUUGUUUACUGUACCAGGUUUAUGACAGCAAGUGAUGGAAUAAAGCAGCGAAACAUUGUUUAUCAGGGCUCAUCUUCUUUGACCGGGCCUAUCGUUAUUGAAGAUGUUGUUUACGAAAAUGCUGAUGGUGAUGUCGCUCGCUCUUUACCCUUCCGUCGACUUAUUUUCCGAAGAACUGAGGGCCUGGUACAGUCUGAAGCUUUGCUAACUAGGGAUGGAUCUUUUGACAAAAGCGUCAGUAAAUCAGAGCCGAAGAAAGCAAGCUCAUCUUCCAAAUCCAAACGAAGAGGAACCCAGAGAAAAAAUAAUGAAUCGAGCAGCAAGAUGAAGGUCUAUCAUGGUUUUCUGGCUAGCUCUUAUCAUACGGGGAUUAUUUCUGGGCUUUCGCUGAUUUCAUCUUACUUGGAAAGUGUCGCAUCAGCUGGAAAUAGAGUUAAAGCAGUUGUGAUAGGUCUUGGUGCAGGUUUACUUCCUAUGUUUCUUCAUGAGUGCAUGCAAUUUAUGCAAAUUGAGGUGGUGGAGCUAGAUCCUACUAUGCUUAACCUUGCAAGAGACUACUUUGGUUUUACUCAAGAUAAACAUUUGAAGGUACAUAUUGCCGAUGGGAUUGAGUUUGUCCGGGACUAUAGAAACUUAUCUGCAGCUGGGGAAAUGCCUGUUCAUGAAAAUAAGGAUGCUUUGAGUAGUGAAAUGCUCCUUUCUUCCAAUGGGAGAUGCAAUUCUUCAGAUGAAGAAACCGGAAGAAGUACCACUAUUGACAUACUUAUUGUUGAUGUCGACUCUUCAGACUCGAGCUCUGGAAUGACCUGUCCUGCUGCUGAUUUUGUGGAAGAGUCUUUUCUUCGAACUGUAAAAGAUACCCUUUCUGAGCAAGGUCUCUUUGUUAUCAAUUUGGUCUCAAGGUCUUCUGCCAUUAAAGACACGGUUGUUUCAAGGAUGAAAGAGCCAGCAAAGAUGUUGCUUUAAGGUUGCUCCAGCCAGAAAACUUGAAAAGAGAACAGAUUUUAUACAUGCUAUGGAAUGUGGAUUCAACAAUACCAAAGGGCUGCACAAGAGCUUAACAUUAUCUGUGAUUCAUAUAUUUUCUGUUUUACCUUUUUUGGAUAUUUAUGCUUGCUCUGUAUUGUAUGACACUUCAACACAUGUUCUAUGGUUAACAAUCUGAAUUAAUUUUUGAUGGUUCAAUAUUCUCUUAUAAUUAAUUAUUAUUUGGAAGCCAUUAUUCUAUCUUAAACAAAACAAUAGUUUUAUUGUAAUGAUUAAUGACUUUUGAAAAAAAUGCUUCAAGAAUAUCAAUUAGAACAAUAAAUGAUAUACUAGAAUGGGUCUGUGUAUGCCUGUGCAGGCAUGGAGUCAGAGUUUUAGGUUAAGGGGGGGCAAUUAUGCUAUAAUUUUCUAUAAAAAGAAAGCUAUUAUUUUUGUGUUAUCUGUUUAGUUUCUAAUCUUUUUAAAACAAAAAAACUAUUCUUGUAAUGUCUUUGCAUUUAAUGUGUUUAUCAUAAAAUGUUAUUAUAAUGUCUUUGAUAUGUAAAUUGUUAAAUAUUAGAAAUAAUUGUAGUAAAAAAUUUAGGAAAGUAAAAAGAAAAAAGGAAUAAGAAUUAAAGAUAAGAAUUUAUAUGUGCAAAAACCAAAAAGUACUAUUAGGAGAAUAAAAUUGAAGGCACCAUUUAAGUAUAAGACAAAGGAAAAGUGAUCCCAUAAAAGUGAAGAUAAGUGAAGGAGAAAAUGAGAAUUAAAUUCAGUAAAAAUUCCAAAAAGAACUUGUAGAUUUUUAGCAUAGAGUUUGGAAAAUUAAAGUUAAGUAUAGAAUUUUUAAGAAUAGGAGGGGCCAAGUAAUAAAAUUACGAAAGCCUUUAGAAAUUUGUAAAGGUAAAACAUUAAGGAUUUGGGAAAGCCACAGGGGCCAUGGCUUUAUGUCACGGGUUUGGAACUUUAGCCAAGAUUUGUGCGGCACUUAACCCCUGCAUGCAUGAAGCCUAAGAAGCCUAACUAUGAAAGUAAUGUGGAAGUGUAAAUAUAUGGAAGCAUAAGACAAUUGAAGAAAGGAAUGGGAGAAACAAUAAGUGUAUUAUUCCUCUGAAGCAAACAGAAUAGUAGAGACCUAUACUAAUUGCUUAUAUCUUUGGUUGACCUAUGCUUGGUGAAAAUAAAAGUGAAUCUAAGGGGAUUAUUUAUAGUGUGAUAAUCUUUACUAACUGCGGAAAAACAUAAUUAAAGGACGUGCACAUGGCAAACAAGGAUUGGCAAGUCGUACUUGGCGACUUCGUAACUAAACGUAGGCAAUUUAGUCAACCAAUCUUUGACAAGGGAGUGACGAUCCGUGAGUCAAGCUCACACCCAUUGUUCCCCCUUUGUGUUGCAAACUUAGACACCGUGCACAUGGAAAUCGUGUACUUGGAUGCUUCACGAGCGUACCAUGAAGGCUUCAGAGGUGAGAUGCUAACCGAAGAUCUACACCAACGAGCACAACCAGAGUUGGAAGUAUUCAUGGGACAGCCGACCAGUAGCUGUCUCAAACGAACCCACAAAGCUAGUGGUGGACCCGCAGAAGACUUGUGGUGGAACGAGACCAAGAGGCAAUAAGGGUGUUGUCAAAAUUAAGUGGGGGAGAAUGUCACGGUUCAUGAAUCCGUGACUAGUCCAGCUUGAUUGGACUAUUGAGCUAGCAACACAAGAACAUGUUGCACAGUGAGACGAGACGUGAAUUAGCCAUGAGGCCAUAUGGCAUGCGAACUUAAAAUCAACCACCAUCGGACUAGCAUUGAUUAGGGUUUUGGGAUGCACAAUAUGCCAACAAUGCUGGGCCACACAAGUAGAGUGCAGAUAGACGAGUUAUGCUGAGUAGUGCGGGAAAGCAAGCUUGGUGUGCCAAGCUCGUAUGCACACAUAGGCGUCGCGCAUGACGUAAGUGCUCACAUGGGCAACACGCUUAUGAAAACUACGCAUGUGUUGUGCACACCAGGAGGCCUCGCACUAGAAGGUUGUGCAAAUACGGCCCGCACGUUAAAGGGUGGUGUGCACUAGAAGGCCUUGCACGGGAGGGCUGUGCCUAGGACCAUGCACUAGUGGGCCUCAUAACAAAGGGUCACACAUCAUCAAGUCGCACACAUGUUGCAUUUGAGUGACUUGCAUAGAUGUAGGGCUCGCGUUGGGAAGCAGUGUGCAUAAGGGCAGCGCAUUAACAGCUUGCUUACAAGAGGACUUAGUGUAUGGGGGUGAUCUAUUGGCUACAAGGAAGUGGCAGCUAAGUAGGCUAGGGUUUAGACUAAAUUGUGUUCUAUGGAAAACAGAACACUUUUUUUAUUUAUGUUUUCUUACUUGUUAGUUACUUUACUUGCAUUACAAAUAGGUUUAGGUUUAGGGUACCAAGUUGCUAACCAAGCAAUUAGGGUAGGUCUUUGGUAUUUUAUUUGCUUAUGAGGAAUAAUACACUUAUUUUUUCUCUCAUUCAUUUCUUCAAUUGUUUUAUGCUUCUGUAUUAUUUCGUAGUUAGGCUUACUUAGUCUUCACGUUUGGGGUAAGCAUCGCACGGAUCUUGACUAAAGUUUCAAUCUCGUGACAGUUUAUGAUGACUCCCAAAGGGGUUAUUUAUGAUAAUAAAUAACUUACUAAACCUAGUAAAAAUAUGGCAAAUCACUAAUAUGAAAAUUGUCUAAACUUAGACCUACUUGUAGUGUAAGUAAAGUAAAUGAUAAGUAAGAAAACAUAAAUAUGGAAAGUGUCAUAAUUUCUAUAGAACACUAACUUGGCUGCCACUCUUCCUAUUAGCUAAUAGAUCAUCUAGGUAGUCUUCUUGUAUCUAGGCUGUUGAUGUGUUGCUUCCAUCUGCGUGGCCCUCACGCACGUUGCUUCCUUGCGCACGGCCCACAUCUAUGCGAGUCCUUCUGUCAUAACAUGUGUGAGGCUUGGUGAUGUGCGGCUCACUGAUGCAUGGCCUUCUACUGUAUGGCUCACUAGUGCGUGGUCCUCUUGUGCGCAACCUUCCCGUGCGAGACCUUAUGGUGCAUGUGGCUUGUACGCGUGCGGCCCUUUGGUGUGUGGUCAUUAUGCACACGGCCUCCUUGUGUGCACAGCACAUGUGCAACUUCCAUACGCUAAUCACCCAUGUGCAUACUUACCAUAUGCAUGGUGCCCAUGUGCGUGUGGGAAGCUUGCUGUCUUGCAUUGCAUUGCA